CGCGUGGCGGGAGAUCAAAAUGCAUUCAUAACUGAAUUUUUUAUUUUAAGAUGAAAGAUACAAGCCAUCCCCACACCGCGACACGUUGGGCCCUUAACUAUGUUUUAGCUAUUCAAUGGGAGGGAGGCCACUUCUCGAUCUCAUUCGUUCUGCAAUAAGGAAGGCCAAUUCUAGGGCUUGUGCUCCAUUCAAUCGAGGAUCACAGAAGGUAUUGUAACGUUCACUGAGGGUUGCUUCCGUAACGUCACUCAGCCCUCCAACGCAUUCCGUGACGUCCUCCCCCGUCAUUUCGAGAUGGACACCUCCGGGAUGAGAUCCCAUUUCGUCGUGGACAUCGAAGAAGGCACGGAGUUCGUCUCGAAUUUUCUCAAAGUCACGGGUCUUAUAUCCAUUUUCUGUCUUGCGGGUAUUUCCGUGCACGGGAUCAGAAAUCCACAAGACCGAUUUGCCUUCGCGUUGAACGGCGCGGAUGAGACCGGGGAGAUUCUUGCGUAGCUUUUCGGCACCCAUUCGCACAACGAUUGUCAAACGACCAGGAAUAUUGCUCGGGUUCAUGGUUUCAAUAAUAUUUAUUAAUUCUUCGGGCGUGCACUUGUCAGAUAUUUUUACGCCCAGUGGGUUGUUUACACCACGGCAAAAUUCCAAGUGAGCUCCGUCAAGUUGUCGGGUUCGUUCACCAACCCACAACAUGUGAGCGGAACAAUCGUACCAGCGGCCAGUUGUUGAAUCCAUACGAGUCAAGGCUUGUUCGUAGGGGAGGAGCAAGCAUUCAUGCGCAGUAUAAAAGUCGGUUUUGGUGAAAGAUGGAGCUGCAGUAUCAAGGCCGAUGGCUUUCAUGAAUCGCAGAGAUUCAUCGACCUUGGUCGCGAAAGUUCGGUAUCUAUUUGUGUUUAAAAAUUAAGUACCGUCAAUUUUGAGUUAGAUGGACGAAAGUUCAAGUCACAAUUUUCUCAAUCGAUUCUGUUGUGUUCGGUUCGCACAAGUCAGAAAUUAUACAUACCUGCUACCUUCGUCGGUUUGCUCGACAAAGUCCAAGUUCCAAGCAUGAAGACGUGAGAUAUCGGCAUAUCCACCAGUCGAAAAGGCUCGUAGAAUAUUCAAGGUUUGUGCACUCUGAUGAUAGGCCUGAAUCAUAUUGAAGGGCUUAUGCCUACGUGCUUCUGGCGUGAACUCUUCGUUGUUGAUAAUAUCACCACGGUAUGAGGGAAGAGUCACCCCAUCUCGCGUCUCAUCGGGCUCCGAACGAGGUUUAGCGAAUUGCCCUGCCAUGCGGCCCACCUUGAUGAUAGGCAUUGCAGAACCAAAGGUCAAAACAAGCGCCAUUUGAAGUAAGACGCGGAAAGAAUCACGAACGUGGUCGACAUUAAAUUCGUUAAAGGCUUCCGCGCAAUCCCCACCCAUCAGCAAAAAACCCUGCCCACUGCAGGCACGGGCCAAUUGCUCGUGCAAAGUCCGGACUUCUCCAGCAAAGACCAACGGAGAGCAUGCUUGAAGUUUUUCAAUAGCAUCGUCGUAUUCUUUUUCGUCCUCGUACUUAGGAGGUUGUGCGACAGUC